CUACUCAUUACGGAUCCUCUCUAACUCCUCAGAUCAACUCUCUCUUUCUCUCUCCUCAGAUAACCGAAUCUCUCUCUCCCUUUUUCUCCAUUGUUGAAGGGUUCAAUCUCACUCAUUCUCUCUGCAAAAUUAACUAAUUAUACUCCAUAAUCCUCAUAUAUUUAGUUUCUUUACAUUUCUGGUUCAUUUGGAUUCGAAACUGCCUAAUUUGGUUGGAUUUCUGGUUUAUUUGGGAUUCGAACUUGCGUUUUUUGGUUGAAUUUCUGGUUUACUUUUGAUUGUAACUUGCAGAUCUAAUAUCUCUUCCAAAUCUUUCCUGAGCUAAAAUUCAGGGGAGAAAAGCUAAAUGUCACCAUGCAAGAGAUAAGUUGCUUUGGUAUAAAAAGAUAGUUCGGAUCUUUUGUAGAUCAUACAUUCUUACUUUGUAGAGGAGUAUGGCUGAUAAAUCAAAGCCGAAGAUGUCAACAGUAUAUCUUUAUGUACCCAACAUUAUUGGGUACAUUAGAGUUCUAAUGAAUUGCGUUGCAUUUGCUAUAUGCUUUUCUCAUAAAGGCCUUUUUUCAGUUCUGUAUUUUAUAAGCUUUGUAUGUGAUGGUAUAGAUGGUUGGUUUGCUCGUAAACUCAAUCAAGUAUCAACUUUUGGUGCUGUCUUGGACAUGGUGACAGACAGGAUUAGCACUGCUUGUUUGCUUGUGAUACUAUCUCAGAUAUAUCGGCCUAGCUUGAUUUUCUUAUCAUUGCUUGCUCUGGAUAUUGCAAGCCAUUGGUUCCAAAUGUACAGUACUUUUUUGACAGGCAAGGCUAGCCAUAAAGACGUGAAAGACAGCUCUAGUUGGCUGUUCAGAUUAUAUUACGGAAACAGAAUGUUUAUGGCAUUCUGUUGUGUCUCAUGUGAGGUUCUGUAUAUUAUCCUUUUUCUCCUUGCAAAGAGCCAAAGUGAAGAUGUUCUUGAUGUUUUACUUUCGUCCAGAAGACAAAGUUUGGCUCUCUUUCUCCUAGAAGUUAUAGUUCUAUUUGGUUGGGCAGUUAAGCAAACAAUCAAUUUAAUACAGCUAAAGACAGCUGCAGAUGCAUGCGUUCUGAACGACAUUAACACAAAGCAGAAGCCAUAAAUGGGUACAUUCCAUACGCUCAACUCUCUUGACUACCCUCAUUUGAGCGCGAUGAUGCUAUCUCACGACAGUGGAAGAAACUUCUCUCUUCUGGAUUUGCUUAUCAGGGAUGCUCAGGUGGAAUAUUUUGGGCUUCGGUCCAAACAACUGCUCCUCGGCAUGGCCAGUUGGGCUUCCAAGAACCUCGAGGAUUGUUUGUGGAGGAGGACUAUGGUCCAUUAUUAGUUGGUUGCUAGUGUCAUAAUUACGGAAUAGAUGUUUCAGUCAUUAAUUAGUAGAUGAUGUUAUUUUAUAUUCUGAUUGACAUGGUGCACAUAAAUGGUUAAAUAGAUCACAACAUGUCUCAUUUGCUUGCUUGCUAGGCUUUUUACCCCUUUACAUUUUGUAUUGAGAGCAAGGAAUUUACAGAAGCCGGAACUUGAUGCUUUUUUGCAUCAUUUAACCAUUUUACUUGAGAGUCUGAUUUUUGAAGGAAACGUUACCCACAAUGGGGAUUGUUUGGUUUAAA